AUGGAUACUGUGCCGGAAGAGAUGAACGACUGGUCGGAGAUGGAAGAUUUUACGCAAGAGUCACAGCUUAGAGGUGGAGAUGGUUUGCAACAGAAUACCCAACCAAAUUUUGAUAUAUUAUCAGUUGUUUGUAAUAGUGAGAAAGAGGCAUAUGAUAUUUACUGCCGAUACGCGCGUAGUGUUGGUUUUAGUGUUCGCAAAGAUCAUCACUGUUACUGGCCUAAUUCGAGGAAGAUACAUAUGAAAGAUUUUGUAUGUUCGAAAGCUGGUUUUAAAAAGGGCCUUGACCUGAAUGCCAAAUCGAAAUACAGGAAAUCCAAUACUAGGACUGGGUGUCCCGUGAUGAUUAGAUUUUUAGUUGAUCAUGAUGGGGAAUGGAAGGUUAAUAAAUGUGUUGAGAACCACAACCAUGAGUUGGCAAGGCCUGAAGAUCAACAUUUAUUGAGAUCAUGCAGGAAUAUUACCAAAGAGAGAGCAUUCGUUCUUAAAUCUAUGACUGAUGCUGGGAUUAGAACCAUUGAUGCAUUCACAUACUUAGCUGAUGAAGUUGGUGGGAGGGAGUAUGUAGGUUUUUUAAGAAGAGAUGCAUAUAACUUUGUUCAAAGAAACAAAAGAUGCAAGAUUGAGACUAGGGAUACCAAUUCCCUAAUUGAAAUUUUUAAAAAUCAAGCAAACAGUGAUACCAUGUUUGUGUGGGAAGUCCAAUAUGAUGAGGAGGAUAGAUUGAUGAAUUUUUUUUGGGCUGAUGGUGUGGGAAGAAUAGACUACGACUGCUUUGGAGAUGUUAUAAUUUUUUAUACCAGAUAUAGACUGAACAAAUACAAGCUAGCUUGUGCACCUUUUGUUGGAGUUAAUAACCAUUGGCAGAAUAUUCUUUUGGGGGUAGCAUUUCUGUCUGAAGAAACAGAAGAAUCAUUUACAUGGUUGUUUAGAACAUUCUUGAGAGUAAUGGGUGGUAAACAUCCCAUUACAAUUUUUACUGACCAAGAUCAGGCAAUGUCUCGGGCAAUAGAAAUUGCAUUUCCUCAAACACGCCAUAGGCUUUGCCAAUGGCACAUCACCAAGAAGCUUCCAUCCAAGUUGCAUUGUUACAAUAGCAACAACAAGGUUAGAGGUUUGAUUUAUAAAUAUUUCAGCAAGUGUGAUUCAGAGGAAGAGUUUGAAAGUACAUGGACUGAAAUGCUGAAUGAAGGGGACCUUCAUAGCCAUGAGUGGUUGAAAGAGCUCUACAAAAUAAGGCACAAGUGGUCCACAGCAUACAACAAGACUUGUUUUAACCUUGGUAUUCUUUCAACACAGCGCAGUGAAUCCACUAAUAAUGUGUGUCACGGAAUUUCUAAGCCUACUAGCACCAUAACUGAGUGUUUUUUGGGACUAGAGAAGGUGAUGAAGACAUGGCGUCGGAAUGAAAAGGAUGAAGACUUCAAAUGUAGUCAGUCCGAUGUUGUACCUUUAGUGAAGAGUAGUCCAAUUCUUAGGUAG